UACCUUACCAUCAGCAAAACAUCGCGAGAUUAUGCAAAGAGCCCGAGCGUAAACGCGAACUCAGACUGUGAUGUCAUUUUCAUGAGACGGGCUACUACACAGCAAACAAGUCGUUAGCUUAUUUUUUUCCCCACGAGCUGCGUUGUUUUAAAGCAUGGCGAGCUCCAAGAAAGGAAAGAAAGUUGUGAAUCAAGAAGAACUCCGGCGCUUGAUGCGUGAAAAGCAAAGGCAGGCGUCCGAUAAGAAGCGCGUCGAGUCUCCUUUUGCUAAAUACAGCAGCCUCGGGCACCUCAGUUGUGUCCUGUGCAAUGUGCAGGUGAAGUCGGAACUACUGUGGCCGGCUCAUGUUCUUGGAAAACAGCACAAAGAGAAAGUCGCUGAGCUGAAGGAAGCAAAGACUCAACCGGUGGCACCACAGAGUCAGGCAGUUAAGAGGAAAGCGCCGGAUAACGAGGACGUUAACGGGAAAAAACAGAAGCCUGCUCCAGCUGCAGGACAGUCAGGGCUGCCAGGGGAUUUUUUUGCGAAACCCAGUGGAAGGGCUCCUGUUUCUACGCAAACGUCUGCAGGGUUGAGUCUGUUAGCUGGCGUCUAUGAUGAGGAUGAGGAUGAUGGUGGUCAUGAGGAAGGAGCAGGGAGCUCAGAUCCCCCUCCUCAGAAGGCUGAAGCUGCAGGUUUGCCUGCCGAUUUCUUUGACAGCUCUAUCCCAUCUACAACCGCCAUCUCCCACUCUGGAUCCAUCCUCAAGGCAGAUGUGCCGGAGAAAAGCGCUGAAAAGAAAGAAAACACAGCCGAGGCGCUGCCAGAGGGCUUCUUCGAUGAUCCAAUAAGAGAUGCCAAAGUGCGUAAUGUCGACGCGCCGAAAGAUCAUAUGGACAAGGAAUGGGAGGAGUUUCAAAAGGAAAUACGACAAGUUAACACAAAAUCAGAUGCCAUCGUAGCGGAGGAAGACGAGGAGGGCCGCCUAGAACGACAGAUUGAUGAGAUCGAUGAACAAAUUGAGUGUUAUAAGAGGGUUGAGCUGCUGAGAGACAAGCGUGAUGUGAUGAAGUGUAAACCUUUGUCCCAGAAAGAGGAACAAAUGGAGACUGAUGGCAACACUGAGGAUAAGGAGGAGGAUGAAGAGGAGCUGCUGGGGCUUUUGUCCCGGGACUGGAGGGCUAAAGGGGCACUGGCAUAAAAAUGAGUGCUGUAUAUUUGAUAACUGUUUCCAAUGUUGUCAAGAAUGCAUCUAUUAAGUGCAGAGUGUUCAAUUCAAAUGUCAGAAAUGUGUAAAUAUGUUUGUUGGAAGAUUUCGUCACAUCUGUUUUAUAUAUUUCACACAAUCAGUGAUGUAAGGCAUUCUAAUAAUAAACUCACAUGGAGACAAGG